AUGGACCCCACCGACGCAGAGCUCAAUAAUAUGGCCACCCUUCAGCAUGUUGCAGACUGGGCCGGCGCAACUGGAGAAGUCCACGAACAAUUGAUGGAUGCUCUGGGCAAGCCCUCAAAACUGCGGGACAUUGCCUUCAUCAACCGGACGGUCUGGGACAACGUGGUGGCAGGGCUAAAGAUCGAUACUUCAUCUGGCACAACCACCAGUGAAAGAGACCUCACCCCAGUUGAGGCUUCUCGAAUCGAGAUAUUCCGAAGGGUCACCUUACUUCGGCUUGGUGCAAAUCCAGAUCACGUUGGAUCGUCAACCGCACCGCCAGUAGUGUCCAUCGGAGUCUCACCUUUGCCAAGUACUUCAACACCAACCUCUCCCACGAGGAAGCUGAAACUGAGCAGCGUGAUCGACCCAACGCUGGAUGCUGAGAUUAUUCAGCUAGAGCAGUCAGAAGUGGCACGCAUGUAUAGUACAUACAAGGCAAAGUUCGGUGACCAUCCAAGCCAAGAAGUGGAACCUUCGGCAGACCAACUGUCGGGUAUCAAUCAAAUGUUGCGAAGUGGCGCGCUGCCAUAUUGCGAUUUCAGUGUGUUUGGACCCCACGGACUCCGACAACUGAGAAAAGCAGUGUUCACCUCCUACGUACUGAAUGUUGCCACAGGAGAGUGGUCCAAGAGCGAAGCUCCAGGGCCUGACUCGAUCUUCAACUGGGAGAAGUCCUUUCGGCCUUGCUUCUCCUGGAGGCAGCCGAAUCCGAGCGAUUGGACGCGUAUGCAGAUCACAUCAAAGAGCUUCAUGGGCAGUUUGGCCAUGAAUGUCGAGAAGCAGGAGAAAAUCCCGCCGCAGGAGCCGGUCGAAAACACCUAUCAAGAGAAGGAUCAAUGCCUGUUGGUAUUCAGCGGCAAGCACAGACCCGGGGACUUGGCUAGCUACCUCGGAGCAGAAGGAUGGAUCGUGGUCAUCGUCGAUAAGGUGGCGCCAGAGCCCACCGAUGUGCUUUCAGAGCACAACCUCGACAAGAUCCUAGCCGACACGGAAACCGGCAUGUACGAUGUGGUGGGGUGUGCAACCCCGUGUGAAACACUAUCACCGCUCAGGGAAUCACCUCCAGGCCCAAGACCGCUGCGAUCUUUGGAUAAGCCAGAUGGGCUGCCAAGCGAAGAGCUGACCGAAAGUGAAAGGAUUCAGCUCAAAGAGGCAAACCGCCUCAUCGCGCUAUCAGCAAGGCUCGCGGAAAUCCAAGCUACAGCGGGCAGGGCCUUCUGGAUCGAGAACCCAGAUCACAAAGACAAGCUGGACCUAUGGAAGACCACUCCCCUGAAGUUCCUCGUCAGAGAGUUCAACGUAUGGAUCACCGAAUUUGACCCAUGCAGGUUUGGAGCAGAAGUUCGGAAGCCCACAAAGCUGAUGUCGUUCCACAUGAACUUUUGGGGCAUCGGAGACCUCAGAUGCAACCACCCAGUUCAACAGUGGACGAGAACGGACGGCUCCACCUACAAAGCACCACACGAAUCCUUGGUGCAGAGAUGGAGAACAAACGACGAGGGGAAGAAGGAGAGAGCCAGCAAAGCGUUGGCAGGGUAUCCUCCACAGCUGAACUACGCAUUGGCCCAAGCCACAGUGAGUGUCAGCAUGUCCAGAGCAACGGCUAUGCUCACAGCUCUGAAAGGAGAGCUCGUUGCCAUGCAGGUUUACGUGGACGAUCCCAUCAUGGUGUUCGAUUCACAGAAUCCCGCACUCAAAACACUGCUGGGAAAGUCCCUGCUAUGGGCUGCAAUCACUGGGUUCCCCAUCAAACUGGAGAAGACUGAUGCUGGAAACGAAGUCAAAUGGAUUGGACAAGCGUGGACACAACAGCUCAACUUGGCGGCAAAACAAGCCAAGCGAGCUUGUCAGCGCGGCCGCGGGCCUGCCAAGCAAGCCCAACCCCUGCCAAUGAAGGAACUGGCAGCACUACAGCACACCGAGCCGGCUGUUGAGGCCACCUUGCAGACUUCCCUGGCAGCUGCAAGAGCCGAACUCGCGGCCAUUCUUGCCAAAGUGCCGGAUUCUGCAAAUCGCACGGCUACAACAGACUUCACCGCGCAAAAGAUUGAAGUCUUAGCCGAUUGCGAAGCCGCAAACACUUUGGCAAAGAGUUUCUCUGACACGCUGGGUGUGGAAAUUUACCAGACAAACCUGGCAAGGAAAUCAAUGGAGGAGAAGAUCUCUAAUGAAUCGAAGCACCUGCAGACGCUUUUGGGUGAGCAGCGACUUCACCUUGAGCAACAAAUCCGUGGACAUGACAGAGAGCUCCAAGCAAGCCUGGAAAUCGCUGUCACCAACUUCGCGGAGAAGCAUUCCAAGGAUGUGGUCUCCACUCGUCAUGACUUGUUGGAGCUGCGAGAAGAACUUCAAGAGGCGAAUCGAAAUCAAUGUGAUCAGCUUCCUGCCAAUUCGCAAGGUGAGCUGCAACGCCUCGUUGAUGGGCAGACCAAGUUAUGGGCGACGCUUGAUCAGGUGCGCCAUGAUCUUGGCGAGCAGCUCCGGCAUAAGGAUCAUUCUCAUCGAAUAUCCUUGGGCGGAGGGCUAAGCCCCUUGGACAUAGAGGAGCUCAGAACACAGCUGGCUUCAGAGCGCUUGGCGCGGGAGCAGGGGGAUGACCGAUGUAUGGAGAACAUCAGAGACCUGGUCACUGAGGAGGAGCAGAAGCGUAGCCGUGAAUUACAAGCCCUCGAACGACGCCUGAACAAAACAGAGGACUCCAAGAACACGUUGUUGGCAGGGACUCGACCUGCCACAACAUCUGCAUGUCCGUCAGGUGCUCAGAUCGUCGCACAACUGGCACAACCUGCGGCCUGUCCAAAGUUAUCGAGCUUUUCCGCUUGA